UCGGGGUCAAAGUUGCUAUGCAUCUCUCUCAUAAAAAUAAGAACGGAGCGGAACACUUUCACGAGAAAGAAGCCGCCGUAACAACGAACGAUCGGUUGUCGAAGGCAAUCCCAUCGUCGAUCCUCUUUAUCCCUGAGCUUCCCUACACAGCCGAGUGCCAUAGUUCUCGUUGCUUCUUCAACUUUCGCCAUCGCCGUUGCCGCUGCCGCUGCUGGUGCUGCUAUCGCUGUUGCUACCCGCUGUCGCUGUCGCUGGCGCUGUUGCUGCCGCUGUUGCUGCUCUUCGUCUCUCUUUCUUAGGUAUCAGCUAUGGCGGCUGCUGUGUCUGUUUGUACCGCCACUUUGGCGAUUCUCCUUCUCCUCGCUCCUUUCUCUGGAGCCGCCGAAGUAGACACGAGUGCAGGUGACGCUCUAAUCGGUGCCAUCACCAAUCACUGCUGUCUUAAGAAGUUCUACUACGCCUUACAGAUCUCUCGCGUCGAAUCUCGUCUGCGUGACAGCGUGAAUCAAGGUCCCAUCACGGUUUUCGCUCCGACCGAUGAUAGCUUCAUGAAGCUGGAUCCCGAGCUGUGGAGGUGCGUUACCACAGGCCAAGGUCCGCUUGACAUUCUGAGCCAGAUUAUGCUGUACCACUUCGUGACUGACGGGAACUUCACUGCUGCGGAGUUGGCGACGAAGACGCAGCUGACCUCUGCCUCCGGCAUGCCCAUUGGCGUCAAGGUCGUCAACGGGAAGGUCGUUCUCGAAGAUUACGCGCCAAUCACGGGCCCGGACGCUUUGAGGACGUCUAAUGCGACUGUGCACCUCAUCGGUGAACUUCUUGUGCCAGCGACAAUCGUCAGCACCAUCGAGAACGUGUGCCGUGGUGGACCUCCAUCAGCAUCUCUUCCGACACCUGGCAUUAGUAUAGGAUUUAACAGGAAGGAGCAGCUCGCUUGGGUUGGACGAUGUACGAGUAAGAUUAGUGUCGGGUUCUUCCGUCUCCCUUUUCAUGCGACAUUCGGUGAGCACGUUAUGGCUAUCACUGUGCCAAGAAAUGGGUUUCCCGGCCUGGCGACACCUUCUCAAGUUAUCCACACUUGCAGGGAGGAAAGGGAAGGAUGAAGCGACAAUAGACACAGGGUACAUUAACCUUGUUAACUGGAGCUGCUCCAUCAUCAGAAUCAUCAAACAGGGGUGGGAUAGGAAGGCGAGAGGGAAAAAUUACCACAAUGGGGUCGCGGUGUAUGUUGGGCACCAUACGACUAUGGGGUGGGACAUGCCUGCGUUGACUUGCGCUAUCUGACGCGUCUUGUGGCCUCUUAUAUUAACAGACUAUAAUGAUAGAUUGCCACGUGACAGGUGCGAUACAGAGGUGACAUGAGAAUGUGCCUGUCGCGUGGAAUGCACGAAUUCGA